AUGGCACUGUGUCAAACACAACAUGGAGGAAAUCAAACAAGGAUUACCGAGUUCAUUCUCCUGGGGUUUGGGACUGGCUGGGAGUCCCAGAUUCCACUCCUGUUGCUUCUUUCUGCAAUUUAUAUUAUGACCAUCAGCGGGAACCUCCUCAUUGUUGUGAUUGUUGUGUCUGAUGAGUAUCUUCACACCCCAAUGUACUACUUCUUGGGCAACUUGUCUUGCUUGGAGACCUUCUACAGUUCAGCCAUCCUUCCCCGGGUGCUGUAUAGUCUCUUGACAGGGGACAGAUCUAUUUCAUUCAUAGGCUGCAUUGCCCAGUUCUAUUUCUUUGGUGUCCUUGUUACAACAGAGUGUUUCCUGCUUGCUGCCAUGUCUGUUGAUCGCUAUUUAGCCAUAUGCAAGCCACUGCAUUAUGCUACUCUCAUAAAUGACAAACUAUGUGCUCAGCUAGCUGUUGGUUCCUGGAUGGGUGGGUUGGUGGCUAUCACCAUCACCACCUCUUUCAUCUCUCAGCUAGUGUUUUGUGGUUCCAAUGAGAUGGACCACUUCUUUUGUGAUUUUGCCCCAAUAGUCAGUCUGUCCUGUAGCAACACAAGGACAAUACAGGUCUUAAGUUUCGUAUUGUCAUCCAUAUGUGCUUUUCCACCUUUCUUGUUGACUUUGGCAACCUACGUUUGUAUCAUCACUUCUAUCCUGAGAAUCCCAUCUAAUUCUGGAAAACAGAAGGUUUUCUCUACCUGCUCCUCUCACCUCCUAGUGGUGACCAUUUUUUAUGGGACUCUGAUCAUUGUCUAUGUCUUGCCAAACUCUAGCAGCCUGAGAGACCUGAACAAAGUGUUUUCUCUCCUGUACACCAUUUUGACUCCCCUUGCUAACCCUCUUAUAUACAGCCUAAGAAACAAAGAAGUUAAGGAAGCAUUAAAGAAAGGUGUCAAAAAACUUUACAAGUGA